AUGGCAUCAGUGAAGCAAGAUGAAGAAGAGGAGGAGAAGAUUAGGACAUCUGUUAGUCAUGGUUACCAUGUUGAGCCAUUCUCUACAUCCAGAGAGCAACCUCAGGAAGAUCAGAGAGAUAAGAGGUCUCAUCACUGCCCACAUUGUGAAGAGAUUUUCCCAUUUCUAUCAAAGCUAAAAAUACAUCUAAAAAUACACACAGGAGAGAAGCCGUACUCCUGCUCUGACUGUGGAAAAUGCUUCAAAACAUCAACUCAUCUAAAAGUUCAUCAGAAGACUCACACAGGAGAGAAGCCUUAUUACUGCUCUGACUGUGGAAAACGUUUUAAAACAUCAACUCAGCUAAAAGUUCAUCAGAAGACUCACACAGGAGAGAAGCCGUAUUACUGCUCUGACUGUGGAACUAGUUUCUCUAAUCUGGGCACCUUAAAAACACACCAACGUAUACACACAGGAGAGAAGCCCUACUCCUGCUCUGACUGUGGGGCGAGUUUCUCUAAUCUGGGCACCUUAAAAACACACCAACGUAUACACACAGGAGAUAAGCCUUACGUCUGCUCUGACUGUGGAAAAUGCUUCAAAACAUCAACUGAGCUAAAAGUUCAUCGGAGAACACACACAGGAGAGAAGCCGUAUUACUGCUCUGACUGUGGAACUAGUUUCUCUCAACUUUCCCACUUAAAUUCACAUGAACGUAUACAUACAGGAGAGAAGCCUUACUCCUGCUCUGACUGUGUCAAAUAUUUCAAAACAUCAAAUGAGCUAAAAGUUCAUCAGAGAACACACACAGGAGAGAAGCCUUACGUCUGCUCUGACUGUGGAAAAUGCUUCAAAACAUCAACUGAGCUAAAAGUUCAUCGGAGAACACACACAGGAGAGAAGCCGUAUUACUGCUCUGACUGUGGAACUAGUUUCUCUCAACUUUCCCACUUAAAUUCACAUGAACUUAUACAUACAGGAGAGAAGCCUUACUCCUGCUCUGACUGUGUCAAAUAUUUCAAAACAUCAAAUGAGCUAAAAGUUCAUCAGAGAACACACACAGGAGAGAAGCCUUUCUUCUGCCCUGACUGUGGAACUAGUUUCUCUCAACUUUCAAACUUAAAUUCACAUGAACGUAUACAUACAGGAGAGAAGCCUUACUCCUGCUCUGACUGUGUAAAAUAUUUCAAAACAUCAUCUGAGCUAAAAGUUCAUCAGAGAACACACACAGGAGAGAAGCCUUACGUUUGCUCUGACUGUGUAAUUUGCUUCAAAACAUCAACUGAGUUAAAAGUUCAUCAGAGAACACACACAGGAGAGAAGCCUUAUUCCUGCUCAUACUGUGGAAAAUGUUUAAAAACAUCAAAUGAGCUAAAAGUUCAUCAGAGAACACACACAGGAGAGAAGCCUUAUUCCUGCUCAUACUGUGGAAAAUGUUUAAAAACAUCAAAUGAGCUAAAAGUUCAUCAGAGAACACACACAGGAGAGAAGCCUUACGUCUGCUCUGACUGUGGAAAAUGCUUCACAACAUCAACUCAUCUAAAAGUUCAUCAGAGAACACAUACAGGAGAGAGGCCUUAUUACUUGGAUGUGAGCUUCGGCUGGAAGCCAGUAGAAUGUACGGAGUAG